AAGAACCCCUGCUGUGUGCUGAACAACAGGCAGGAGUGGGUUGCGUCAAUGCGCGGCUCUGGCUGCUCUGUGAAGUUGGUAAAUAAGGUUUGACCUCGUGGUGGAGACAUACUGGAUUAAAACGCUGCCAGCAGCAGCAGGAGGAGCAGGGCGACUAACACACAAACAAAAACAUCCUGCAAGUCUUGCUGCUAGCAAACAUUGCUCCGUGAAGCAGCUGAUAUAAAGAGUAAAAUAAAUCCAGAGUGGUUCGUUUGACCUCAUCCGACAGAGUUUGAGAGCCAAGCGAAGGCGUUGCACAACAGCUGUCCAUCAUGGCAGGCGAUAUGAUGUUACUAAUGCGAGGCUUGGCUAAGCUGAGCCAGGCGGUUGUAGAGACUCAGAGCAGCACCUUGCGCAGUGGAACAGGAGUCCCAGGAGUUGGCGCUGCAGUCCAAAGUGUCCAAUCGGCUGCUGAGCAAGGCCUCUCUACCGCUAUAAUGAAAAUGCAGGAGCUGUCUGGCCAGCAGCAGACCUCUUCAUCAGAGUCAGAAUUUGACUUCCCUCAGGAUGACGGUGCAUUCACAGCUUCAGAGUUCAGGGAGGAAGGUUCUGAUCACACAGGAAGUAGCGAUGAUGCAGGAGCCCAUCACAGCGCAGCAGCAAGAGCGAGCCAUGUCGGUGGGAAACAGUCGUUGUUUGAGGGAUACAAAGAUCCCAGCAAACAGUUUAGUGGACACACCAGGUCUUACCACCAACAUGCCAGACAUUUCAUUGGACAUCAUCGUCUUUACAACCACAGUCUGAACAGGCAUCUGUGGAGACAACUAUACUGUCAAGAUCAGGUCAGUCAGCUGAGGAGCUACCAUCAGGACCCGUCCACAGUUGGAGGGCUGACAGCCGAAGACCUUGAGAAAGCAAGACAAAGCAAGAGGGCUGAGAUCAAACCACACAAACAGAUGUUGAGUGAGAGAGCCAGAGAGAGGAAAGUGCCAGUGACUCGGCUUGGCAGAUUGGCUAACUUUGGAGGUCUGGCUGUAGGGUUGGGUAUUGGAGCGCUGGCAGAAGUUGCCAAGAAGACCAUCAGACACAAUGGUGCGGCAGGGGAAAAUAAGAAAGGCGUUCUGGACUCCAGCCCCUUCCUGUCCGAGGCCAAUGCUGAACGCAUCGUCAGUACUCUGUGUAAAGUCAGAGGUGCUGCAUUGAAACUGGGUCAGAUGCUCAGCAUUCAAGAUGAUGCAUUCAUCAACCCCCAACUCGCCAAGAUCUUUGAUCGUGUAAGACAGAGCGCUGACUUCAUGCCGAUCAAACAAAUGACGAAAGCGUUGAACAGUGACUUGGGUCCUAACUGGAGAGACAAGCUGGAAUCGUUUGAGGAGCGUCCGUUUGCGGCAGCGUCCAUUGGCCAAGUUCACCUGGCGAAGAUGAAGGAUGGCAGGGACGUGGCCAUGAAAAUACAGUACCCCGGUGUGGCUCAGAGUAUCAACAGCGAUGUCAACAACUUGAUGACGGUGCUGAAUAUAAGCAAUGCCCUGCCUGAAGGUCUGUUUCCAGAGCACCUGAUAGACGUGAUGAGAAGAGAGCUAGCACUGGAGUGCGAUUAUAUUAGAGAAGCCCAGUGUGCAAAGAAAUUCAGGGAGCUGUUGAAGGACCACCCGUUCUUCUAUGUACCAGAGGUGAUAGACGAGCUGAGCAGUAGCCAUGUCCUGACCACAGAGCUUGUCCCUGGGUUUCCCCUGGACCAGGCUGAGAGCCUCACGCAGGAGCUGAAGAACGAGAUCUGUGAGAACAUCCUGGUAUUGUGCCUCAGAGAGCUGUUUGAGUUCAGGUACAUGCAGACUGACCCAAACUGGUCCAACUUCUUCUAUGAUCCACAGACACACAGGGUGGCACUGUUGGACUUUGGAGCCACCAGAGGAUUUGAUCAGAGUUUCACAGAUGUCUACAUAGAGGUAAUCCGUUCAGCUGCUGUGGGCGACAGAGAGGGAGUUCUGAAGAAAUCUAUUGAGAUGAAGUUCCUGACUGGGUAUGAGUCAAAGACAAUGAUAAAUGCCCAUGUGGAUGCAGUGAUGAUCCUUGGUGAGGCCUUCGCCUCCACAGACACCUUCGAGUUUGGCUCCCAGUCCACCACCGAGAGAAUCCACAACCUCAUCCCUGUGAUGCUCAAACACCGGCUCACCCCACCUCCCGAGGAGACGUACUCGCUCCACCGUAAGAUGGGCGGCUCGUUUCUUAUCUGCUCCCGGCUGAAUGCGAAGCUCCUGUGUAAGGACAUGUUCCAUACAGCCUAUCAGAAGUACUGGGAAGGCCGCACACCGCCCUCCCACUCAGCCUAAGCCAGUCCCAAGUGUCAGGCAAUUUGAUGGACAGUUCCUGGGGCCAAAGGCAAAGUGCAAGUCAAUGGUGAGGUUGCGGUGAAGACGCGGAACUGCUGAGCUGAUGCCAUGUUACCCGCCCUCAACUGAUCAUCGAGCACCAGCUUAUCUUUCCCAUUUUGGGCAAACCGCUGAUGAGUUUUCUGAAAAGCACUAACACAUACUUGCAGCUGUCAUUUCUUAGUUUGAGAGGAGGCAGCAACAUGGCAUCUGGAGUGCUUUAAGGCCGAAGUCUAUAUAUGGCCCUGAGAGGACAGACUGUGAAGAGGUGGGGGGUGGAUGGAAGGAGGGAAACAAACAGCCUUGCGUACAGUAGUUCCGGGGUAAAAUGAAUGUAAAAAGUUUGAAAUUUUUUCUCUGAUGUUUCCAAGAUGAUUCUUGCAUUUUUGUGUGUUUUUGCAUUGCUGUGUUUUGUUGAACUUUGGUAAAAUAUCAUACCAGCUGUCCAGUUUUCCAUCUGCCAGAAACAUAAUGGAUGAAAACAUGAAACAUUGAUUGAAUUAACAAAGAGGACUGAACUCUAGUUGGAAAUGUAAACCAACAGUCAGAAAAAAAUGGGGUUAAUACAGUAUAUUGGUAGUCACAGUAUUGACCAGGACCAAUGUCUGGGUCACAAAUAUUUCUGUUUCUAUUGCUUUUGAUUAGAUUGUCUAGAUAUGGGUUAUAAGCAUUGGUCAAAAUGUAGACAGCAAAAUAAAUGUUCAAGUUUUGAUAAGAACAUUUGUUAGAGACAGAUUCAGUGUUAAAGUCACAAUUUUGCCAAGUGAUCAAGUUUAUAUUAAUCUAGCCAUUUGUAGAAAAUGUGACAAACUGGAAUUUGUCAACAUUCACACACGGUUGGACUUUAAACUCAUGUAUGUGUAGUGUGCUUUCUGUAUCAGUGUAGCCACCCAGAUUUCAAUGGCUAUAGCUUUCAAACUACCUUUUUCAAGUGACAAUUAACAUGGCAUUCAGCAUCAAUAUGUGUUAAUGAACCUUGGGUUGAAGCAUGAUUUUACAUGAUUUUAGUUUGUGAUUUUCAAACUAUCCAUAUGGGUGAGAUUUAGCUCACGAAUUCCAGGUGAUUACUAACAAAUGUUGGCAUUGUGAAUUUGUGCAUUUGUAGUACCAAAGCAUGAUUUUUCUCUAUUCAACUGUUAGUAGGAGGUUGUCAAAACUUACAGAAAUGAAAGCCUAUGGAUCCACGUUGCUCACUGUCAAAGGAUGAGGUCUGACAGAAAGACUGAGCACACACCACAUCAACACAGGGCUUGUGCUCAGUUAUGAAUGUUAAUGAAUUACCUGGAUUGAAGAAGCUCAUCCUGAUACCGCACAAGGUCGGCCCACAGGCUCACCUUGCUUCCUCGAGUUAGGUUAUCUCUCCAAGCGCUUCUCGGAUCCUCCCUCACCUGGCUGUUGAGUAACUGAAAGUUCUCACCGCUCUGCUGUGUGAAUACUGUUAUGACGUUCUCUGGCGUGAAGCUGAGAAAUGAGUAUGGGGACUAAAAAACAAGGUGCCUGUAGUUUCCAGUGGGAGUUUUUUUUUGCUAGAAAUCUCAACUUUAUAUUUCAUAUCAAGACUUGGCAAAAAAGAUGGUUUCAAUUAAUGUAAUUGAAAUGCGUUCUUUACUGAAUGUUGUGAUAAAGACAUUGUAUGAAACGAGUAAAUGUUUGAUUAUACUUGU